ACAUCGCUCCACGACCGUGCAUCACUUCUAGCUGAGUGUGGCUGCUCGUUUGGGAGAGAGACUGGACAUUGUUAUAAGAUUCCGUUGUUUAUGAAGCACCUCGCGGGACAACAGGCAGUCUCUCGCGCGCUUCCCUCCAAGAUAUCAGACUUACAUGUAAUACGUAGAUGAUGAGAUGCUUUUAUGAUAUACGGCCACUUUUACGUGUUUUACGAUAAGGAGAGAAAAAAGUUUGCGUAAGAUUCGUCGAUUAAACGUGGGCAAAAAUUGUGAUACUGUCCAACGAUGAGGAAAUUUUGAGUGAUAUUUUUUUUGGUGUGGAAAAUUUCAAGCUCGUAUGCAACUGUGAUGGAGGGGGAUUCCUCGACAAAUAUUGAGCUACGACAGAGCUCUAGUAGUAAACAAACACCGGGCAGAAGUGUUCCCAAAACGCAAAGACAAGAAUCGUCGACAUCCAGUCGAAAGGACUCUGACACCAGUGCAAAAAGUUCAAUCAAAAAAGGACUUCCAUCUACGGCCAGUGUACGUUCGGGACUAGAAGCCGGGCAGACGACACAAAAUGGAAUGGAUUAUUAUAACGAGGCCCGCAGGGCAAUUGAAAAUCAAAAUCGGGAAACUUUUGACACUCCAGUAUUGGAAAGUAAACCACCGAAUUAUCUCUGGCUAGCUCUCUUUACGACCGUAUUCUGUAACCCGUUGACCGGCAUCGUUGCCAUGGUGAUGGCAAUCCAAGCAGAUAAUGAGUACAUCAGAGGAAAUUCCGCCAAGUGCAAAAGACUGGGUAAAAUCGUCCGCGUUAUAUCCAUUCUCUCCAUUUUGCUGACACUUACCAUUAUUGUUGUCGUCAGUAUCGUGUUCAACAUCUAGAUGUGUCGUCUGCCUCCUACUCCACGUGACUUACAAUCUACUGACGUCUGCUUCCUAUUCUCCACGUGACUUACAAUCUACCUCAGGGAUCGACUCUCACCAUAACUUAUUAUGACGGAGUCCUGCCUACAACGGAAAUAUUUUUUUUCCGUGAAUGAUGCGUGUUUAAUUUUCAAAAUAUUCAUUUGUCUUCCGUAUUAUUUGUGGUUGUUCCCUUUUUUCUUACUCUUUUGACAAACUGUCAGUGACAAGAAAAUGAUCAAUUUAUCCAUAUUUGUUUUCUUAUGCACUUUUAAACCUGAACAUGUUUAUGUAACAAUAUAUACGUUAAAAGUUGGUCAAUAAACAACUUUUUAUCCAAAAA